UACUAGAAAUCGAUCGAUAGCGAAAAUCGAGUUACAACGUGUUUGGCGCAGUAGAUUCCCUACGCACUUUCCAGGUUGUAAAUAAUAUAUUGUAAGAACUUGUCUGGAAGACAGUUUUCAUUUUUCCAGGUCACCUGCUAUACGCUUUCGCCAUUACCUGUCACUGCCAAAAUGUCAGCAUCACCGAUUGCUCGCCAGGCCGCUCAACCUCAAGGUCAAGCCAUACCAAGACGAAUUCUCAUCAAUGAUGCCAGUCAAUUACCACAUGAUUAUUCUAGUACACCUAAUGGCACUCUGUAUUCAACAACUCCUGGAGGCACCAAGAUUAUUUAUGAUCGCAACUUUCUAUUGCAAAUGCGCAAUUCUCCUGUUGCACGGACUCCACCAAAGAAUUUGCCUGUAAUUCCUGGUGUAACUUGUGAUGGUCCUCACAAAGAGAAGGAGAAAUCCAAGUUGAUCAAUGGGCAGAAAAAUGUUACUGCACAGCACAAACCUGUUGAGCUUCCUACAGUUGAAGUUGAAAAAGUUGAAGACAAGAAACAGGAAGAACCUCAAUUUGAAAUGGAUAUUUGAAUUUGCAUUCAAGCACAAAUCCAAAUAAUCUGUAGACUUCAAUAUUUCUACGAACUUGGAAGAUAUACAAGUUCUUAAUCAAGACAAAGUGAUGCAAUUGUUCAGCUUGUAUGAUGCAUUGUUUUUUUUUCCCAGUUAUAAACAACGUUGAUUUUUCUGACAUUUCACCGGAACAUCUAAUUAGUGUGAAAAAAAAGUCAUGGUUUAUUUUCCUUUGAUUCAAGGAGAAAUCGUUUUUGUUGUUUUUUUUUUGUGGGGUUUGUUUUGUGCUACAAAUAAAUUGAUGGAAAUAGCAAAA